AUCUCACCGUUUAAGCGUUCCCCAAAGUCCCUUUUCCUCUCUCCUUCGCCUCCUCCUCCUCCAUCUGCCCCCUUUAAGCUCUUUUCAUGGCUUCUGGACCAGAAGGAACGGAGCCGUUGAACUGCAAGACAUGGGUGUUGAAGGUCUCAAUCCACUGUGGAGGAUGCGAGAGAAAAAUCAAAAGAAUUCUUCAUAAAAUCAAAGGAGUUUAUGAUAUUGAAAUCGAUGCAAACCAGAACAGAGUAACGGUAACCGGCAACAUCGACGGUGAAUCCCUGGUUCAAAAACUGCUAAAAUACGGCAAGCACGCCGAGCUGUUGACGGAGAAGAGUCCCACCCCCGCCACCUCCGCCGCGAAAAUUGAAUCCAACGGCAAGGAGAAAGCAGUCCCGGCGGCCACCGCACCAGAAACAGAGGAGAAAAAGCAAUCUGAAAAGGGGAAAGCAGUAAUUCAGUCACCGGAGAUCCCGCCGGCAGCCACCACCGUCUCCGAUGAGAUCACUGCUCCUAAGCCUGAUACUGAUUCAAAAUCACAACCGGAGAAGAUCAGCUCCGUGAAGGCGGUGCCAGCCAGCGAUACAGAGAACAAGAAGAAGGAGAAGGAAGUCAAGGGAGAAGAAAGCAGGGUAAAUGAACGGGAGAUUUCCGGCACCGUGAGCACCGCCGGCGUGAAUUCUCCUCAAUUUCCGGCGAACAUCUCGCCGUUGUACGCUACAGCGAGCUAUCACACAGCUCAUCCCAGCACAAGCCACGCUUACUACGCGGCGGCGCCGCCGGAGAUGGCUUCGAACUACGCUUACUACGACAACUCGCCGGCGGCGUCCUCUCCUCCUCCGGUGGGGUACUCGCCGCCGUAUUACUACUCGACAGAAUCGUACUACGGGUCGAUGGAGCAGCCGUCGACAUCGACGGAAUCUUAUGAUAUGUUCAACGAUGAGAACCCAAAUGCUUGCGAACUCAUGUGACAAUUUCGGUGGCGGAGGAGCGGCGGAGCAAGUUCGCCGGAGUUUUUUUAUUUUGUUGGGAUCAUCGGAAAUUGAUUUUCCGUUUUUUUUUGUUUUUUUGUUUUAUAUUUUUGUCUUUAAUGCUUGUAAGUUAAUAAAGAUUUUUCGUGCAAGAAAGUGAAGUCUAGUGAUCGGGUCCACACAUUAAUCACCAAUUUUAGUCCAUUUCG